AUCGAUUCCCCCUUUAUUGCAAUGGUUCAUGUAUCUAAACUAAAUGCUAAAGAGGAGAAUCUCCGAAAGUGCUCUAACAAAAAUAUCAAAAAAUAUAUGGUGAUUAAAUUUUAAAGUGGGUCCAAAGUAUAAGCGUAUAGAAAAAUAAUUAAUCUAUAGUUUAAAGUCGUAUUAUUUCUUACAAAGUAAAUUCUAUUAAAGUGGAAGUAUUGAAAGGAAUUACAUAGUUUGGUUAAUUAGCCCUAGCCGCCUUUAGUUGUAGUACUUGUAGUGAUAGGCAUAGGGCAGAUAGAAUAGGCUCUGCGCAUUUAAAACAUCUACCCACACUUCACACAUGACAACAAACAGUCUAAUACAAACAAAACAGCACAGUAAACUGCAUGGAAUAUAACUACUAUAUAAUUUACAUGUUCAAUAACAUGACCAUUCCUACUGUUUUUACCAGCAGGGAAUAACUGGUUGGUGACUUAGUGCCUUGGCCUUUUUUUUGCCUUUUAAUGUUAAUCUUGAUAUAGAUAGUAUUAAUAAUAGUAUUAUUAUGCGUAGAAGUGAACUGAAGCCAGUACUGAUACUGCUUAGUGAAAAUGUCUUGGUUUUCAGUUUGAAAAAAAAAGGUCCCCUUACUUGCCUUAAAGAACAAGUUACUACAUUUAUUAUGAUUGAGUUGUAGUUGUAUAAAUUUCUAAUCUAAUAAUAUUGUCAAUUAAAACUGUUUCCCAUUUACUACUGUCAUGUAAUUCUGAUUUGUGAACUGAAUAGUGUUCCAUAGAUUUGUAAAGAUAAUAAAUAAUAAUAAUAAUAAAGUUCAUUUCAAAAACACGCUUCAUCCCCAAAGGCUCGAAGCGCGGUACAAAGUCAACAAAAAACAAAUCUAUAGUUUACCACAUUUAAAACAAACGCAACACGACAAUUUAAAGAUGAACAUUUAAAAUUUCUCAAAAUGAAAUUGAUGAUAUGAGUAAUUGAGUAUGAGCCAUUUCCGACAACCUGGGGUGGGGGGUGCAAGCAGGUGAUUACUAACAUUUUCAAUUAAAAUGAAUUCCAUUUUUUGAAUGAAUUAAUCAGUAUUCAGUAUAUGAAUAUGAUUUAUGGCAUGGCUAAAACCCUAUGUCCUAUGUGUGUAAAUUUUACAUUAAAUAAUACUACCCGGUAAGCUAAUUAAUAUAUACUGAUAAAUCAGUGUAAACUUUGCCAGUCACAAAAAACCACCAGACUGUAAAAAUGGUAUCAACUUAUUUAAAAAAAAAAUUAUACUGUACUUUAAGUUUAAGUAUAAGACGCUACAAACUAUAAGAUGCACCUUAAUUUUUAAGCAAUUUUUAAAAAAAUAACAUAUAUAUAUAUAUAUAUACCUGGUACAUAUAUAAUAUAUAUAUUAUAUUAAUUUCGAGUAAAAGAAAUUUGGAGGCAAUUUUUCGAAGAAAAAAAUGCGCCUUAUGUAGAAUACGGUACUUUAGGUCAUUGAUGACACAAUAACUUAUUAUUAGAAAACUGUGACAUAAAAUGUAAAAUAAAAACUAGAUCCUCGCGGGCCAUAUGUUAUAUUGUAGAAUACGGUACUUUAGGUCAUUGAUGACACAAAACUUAUUAUUAGAAAACUGUGACAUAAAAUGUAAAAUAAAAACUAGAUCCUCGCGGGCCAUUUGUUAUAUUGCUACAAACUACAAAACUUUUUGCGCCAUUUUUCAACAUGUGCAGAACGUAUGCACGAGGGAGUGUCGAAGUACCUAUUUUAACAUUAGUUGGCUAGAGACUGCUGGUCUGCCUAGUUUUUUCCAACCUGGGCUGCUCACACCCCUUGAUUGGGGGGGGGGGGGGGGUAAAAAAUAAAAUAAAUGUAAUUUCUUGGACUUCAGUUAAAAGUAAUGUAUUAUAUAUAAGUAAUAAUUAUUUUAUUAUAAAUAUAAGAACAGAGGAGACAUUGUCUUACGCCUAUAUUAUAAGUUAGAAAUAAUGUUUAUAUAUAACUGUAUUUUUAAAUUUAGGCAUAAUUUUUUUUGCAUUAACAUUAAAGACGUACUUUAUUAAUUAUGUUAUUUUAUUUUUCUAGACCAAAAACUGUUGGAACUUUUAUUUCUGUAUCUUAUUUUUAUUUUAUGUUUUCAAGAAAUAACCAAUUAACUUGAAAUCAUGCCACCAACACAAAUGCCUGUUGACUUCAGCUCUUUAAGUGACAUGGAACUGUCACAGAUGUUAAAAGACUAUAAUGUGACCGUUGGACCUAUAAAUGGUAUUGUAUUAUGUAAAGCCUUGUCUUUAGUAUAUUCUUGAAUUAAAGAUGGGGACGGGGUGAAUUUUGUAUUGCAGACGUUACAUGUAAUUUUUAGUACAGUAACUUACAGUUUUGAAUGUGUCUAGUGUCCUAAAAUUUGUUAAAGGCUGGAAUUUUUCAAUUAUUAAUUUAUGGAGUCCAUUAAUUUUUUUCAACUAUAAUUCUAGACAAAAUAAUUUUAAACAAAAUACCUUAUUUGGCUUCCAAAUGCUCUAAACAUUUUAUGUUAUCGUUUGUCAUUUAUUCUAGCAAGGAUAUAAAUUAAACAAAUAUGCAUGCUCAAUAUUUAUAUCUUGUACUAUAUAAAAAUGUUGUUUUUUUUAAUGCUCUGAGGUAUAUAUAUAGUGUCUCAUUUUUAUUUUACUUAGUUUACAUGUUUUUAAUAAUUGUAAAGCGCUUAGAGCUUUAUGGUAAGCGCUAUAUAAAAAUGCCUAAAUAAAUAUAUAAAUGAUAAUUUAACCAUUUUGGGGCAUAUCUUUUUAAAGAAAAGUUAACUUAGGAGAAAUAAAAACUUUUUGUUAAAAAAGUCACAACUCACCUUUUUAAUGCUUCCAGCGGCAACAAGGAGAACAUAUGAGCGCAAGCUAAUCAAAUUAAAAACAGGACAUGAUUCACCACCUUCUCAACGUUAUGAGCCAGUCGAUGAUGAUGAUGAUGAUGAAGAUGAAGGUAUUUUCUUAUGUACUCUAUAAAUUUUAAAUUCAAUUUCUCUUGUCUAAUUUAAAAUCUGUGAUUUUAAAUCAUCAGUUCAUUUCUGAAAUUGAAUUAUUUAUUAUUGUUAAGCCUUAACACUGUUUUGGGUACACAGUUAUAAGAGACUAAAUAUUUUUUAAUUUAUGUCUUGCAGUCAAAUAUGCUAAUUUAAAAGUCUGUUUUGCCUAUUAAAUUAAUGCUUUGGAAAAAAAUAUGUUUUUAUCUGUGGUAACCUGGGAGCAAUUUUAUUUUUAACUGAAAAUUUGACAUGAAACAUUUUUAUUCAACUAACAUUAGCUUAUUUAUUAUCUUUUACUUUUACUUAUAUUUUUUCAAAAUUGCUGAAUUGUUUUCUAAAUUCUAAACAUUAAUUGUUUUCCUUGAUUUACAGAAGUACAGAUUAGGCAGCCAGUCAACAGGACACCUGCUGUGUAAGUAUUAAUUCAAGUAAUGUAAUCUUAUAUAUGAAUGAAGAUUUUCAUCAUGUGAGUUGGUAUCACAAAGUUCUAUGAUUUAGGCUUAGAAAAGCUACAAGCUUAUUGUGGGCACUUGCAUUGUAACUGCUCUUUUGUCUUUCACAAAUCCAAUAGCAUUGUUAAAGUUUUCUAUCUGAGGUCUAGAUUUGAAUAUGAACAUGACCGGAGGCCUGGACCCAUUGCUGGGACAAUCAGUCCCACAUUGACUUCAUGCCAACACUUCUAGUAAAUGCUAGGACCUUUGUCCACAUAGCAUCUUUAAAGCAUGAUGUGUCAUUUAUUUUAAUUCCACGUAACGAUUAGAUAAACAUUAUGAAUAUUCACAUUUCUAAAUAAUGGCAUGUGUGCAAUAAUGUCUCAUGACCUGAGAUAAAAUACUUUUAAUGCCAGGUAAAAUAGCUUGUAUCUCUUUGGCACAAUCAUUCAUGUUUUCCAUUUUCUUGUUCGUUAAAUAUCAUAUUAACUUGUCUUUUGUGUUGGCAGAUCUAACUCGCCACAGGCACGCUUGAGGAAAGAACAACAACAAGAUACAUACUCAGCUUCCCCCAGAAUUGAGAGCAGACCAAACCUUGGAACAUCAAGAAAAACAACAACAUCGUACACACCAGCACUUUCAGAGUCAUCAACCAGAUACUCUUCAGAAUCACAACGGGAUUACAGUUCAAAGUAAGAUUAAAGUAAAAAGAAUGUAACCUCUUUAUUUUAGAAUUCAAAGUGGAUAGAGAAUAAUGAUUGUUGCUAAGACACGUCUCGAUCAAGUGGGUACCCUAGUAAUGUAAUAUUCACAAGAAUAAUUCAGCAAUGAUAAGGUCCCAAUUAAACAUUGCGAAUUUAGAUUAUUUUUAUCUAUUUGCUCAACUUUCAGUUAUGCAGAACCAAUUGUGUCCUCAACUAAUCAAAUUUAGAGUUGAAUGAAAUCCAUUUUAAUUGUGUUUUAAAAUAAUUGUUCAAAGUGCUAAUGAUAAAGGUAUGAUUUUGAUACUGAACUGAACAUAUAAAUAAAUUUAUAAUCUGCAAAGAAUGUUUUGGACCACAAAGCCCAAAUUAUUUUACAGGGUUCCCGCGGCCUCCUGAAAUUCCAGGAGCUCCUGGAAAUCUCCUGGAAUUUGAAAACAAAUGAUAAAAUCCUGGAAAACUCCUUAAAUUUUAAAAUUUCUCCUUAAAUGUCCUGAAAUUUUUGUUUCCACAGAGGGAGGGGUAAAAAAAAUCUUGUUCGCGAUAGUUAUUUUAUAAAUUAAUAUUACCGCUAUAUUCAAUUCGUAGUCUAUUUUUAGCCAUUCAUUUAUCAAAACGAGUUUGCCAUAAUAAUUCUAGUGGUUUCCCCUUAACUGCGCAUGCGCUUUACGAGUUUCGGAUAUGAAAUGUCGUACCGUAAUGCUUUGAUAGACAAGAAGUUUUUUUCGUUCCGUUCAGUUCGCCGUUCAACUAAUUUAUUUGGUAAGUAUAGUGUAAAAUACAGUAAAUAGAUAUUUAUCUGUAGUUAUUUAAAUUUUUGGUAACUAUUAUUAGUAUUAUGAAUAGAAAACUACGCGCCCGAUCGCUGUAUAAUUUGACUAAGCUUAGCCUAAUUUUUUUUUAAAGUUGAAGUUUUGUUAGUUUUACCGUAGGUUGUCCAAACUGGAGAAAGCGUAGUUUUAGUUUUGGGGUCAUUUUCCGAAGUUUUCAAAAACAAAAAUUAACCUACUUAUAUAGUAGUUUUAAAGGAGUACAAUUGAUAUGAAUAUGUGAAUAAAGUUUAAGUCUUUAUCUGACGAAUUAUCUUACUUUUAUGUCUUUAACACGAGUUUGAAAAGUAUCAGUUUUGACCAUUAUUACGGCGUUUUCGCGAGUAUGGUGUUGCAAACGCUCGCGGCUGUUACAGUUUGCAAAGAAGAUGAAUUUGAUUUUUAUUUAUAAAUAUUAACAAAAGGUAGUAAGUAGUAGGCCUUUUUUUAUAACAAUUAUAUUGACACAUAUUUUUUUAAACAUAGUUUAUAGUGAGUGCUAGGCCUUUUUGUAAGUUAAGUUUAGUUAGGCCUUCUAAAUAGGAGAAUACUAAAUAAAAAAAUUAAGUUAUGUUAUUUUUGCAUGUUGUAGCAUAGUUUACGAUGACUUUAAAAAUGACUUCGGAACUUCAUUUUAAAGUUAUUAAAACUAGCUGAUGCAACCAUUGAGCUUCACAUUACUUUACAUAGUUAGUCCUUAUUUAUACACGUAGUUAAAAAUUAAGUGAUGCACCCCUGUGCUCUAGGUAUAGGCCUACUUUGCGGUAUUAUAAGCACAGUUGGGAGGGGAAGGGGGGGAGACUUCCGAAAUUUAAAAAAAAAAAAGUGGUUGCUUGGUCGCUGACCCAUUCCCCUGUUUAAAAUCCGGACUAAGCAGUUACAUAGGCAUAUGCCUAUAUUAGUUUCUCUUCUGACUCUGUAUUAUUAUUAAUUUAGUACCGGUAUAACUUAUAAUAUAGUCAAUAUUAUAGACCUAAUAUGAUAAUAAAUUAAUUCUAUUUUAUUUCACUAUUCAAGGUCUAGGGUAAAUAAAUGCCCAACGGUUCCUUUGAGGACUGAUAAUUAAGAUAGCAAUCCUGAUUGAACAAGCCAUCACUGCUACUCUAUACUAGAUAUUGACUCUGAACUGAGUCAAUCCCAAGCUAGUGGCUAGUGUACUGGAGUUCUAUCCCCAGAAAAUGCCUAGACAAGCAAAAACAUCACCAGCAUGCCGGGUAGAUGGAACUCGUUAACUUUGAAUGGCAACUCAACUUGGAGAAGGAAAACUAUGAAAUCAAACCCGGAGAUGGAGACCCGUAGACGUUAUGACAUUGACUCAAUGAAAAUUCUGACAAAAUCCUAUGACGUAGAAAGCAUAAAGAGCAUAGUGAAACACACACACACUCAAUCUGGUAAUCUACUGCAUCCUGAUCUAUAUCCAGUCGUCUUGACUAAUCUUACCAUUGAAUCAAAUAGGCAACGACGAGAGAGUGGCUCUGGCGAAUUGAGCAACUCUCCCUAAAUUUCAACAAAAUACAGCUCACGUCAAGGCUACUGCUCCAGUCUUAGGGAUCUUUAUGUGUACAGGACAAAACAAAAAUACUGUAAAUAUAUGAAAUAUAUUUGCAGGACAGUUCUCGGAUGCCAUGAAAAUUAGGGGAAAAUGAUCAACAAUGAUAAACAACAAUCAUCUGAGUCUUCCUCUAGUUCAACUUCAGUUUUUUCACCUACCUCGGGUGUCCACUUUUGCAACUUCCUAGUCAAGCUCCUAUGUUAUGUGUAUCUUCGGAAAUAAAUAUGACUUACUUGUGAAUAAAAUGGAUUAUCUUAUAACUUUAUUAGUUGUUUGUUAUCCAACAUCAAGUGCAUCUUAUUUUUAUAAAAAACCAAGUUACUCAAUUGUAUGUGAACUCGGGGCCAGAAUAUCUAUACCGGUACAUACCUAAAUCAAAUAAUUGCUAUAGCAUUGGCAAUCCUUAGAGUAAGUACCGGUACUAUAUAAGUGCAUUUAUGUCCUGUUACUACAAAAAAAUUGUAUAAGCGUAUAGGGUCUCUCCGUUUUUUACUCUUUAAAAAAUGUCCUGGAAUUUUGUAUUUUCUCCUGGAAAACUCCUGGAAUUUGUUUUUAGAUUUGGUGCAGGAACCCUGAUUUUAGAUAUUUUCUUUCUUCUGUUUGCUGAAUUCAUUAACCCUAUUAUUUCAUGUGCUAUUUAUUUUCUUUGACAUGACUGACAUAUUCUUUACCCGAGGAGUCGGAAUCGUUUGUUUUUUAUUUAGUUUGAUAUGAGGCAACACCAAAUCAAUUUCCAAUGCUAUCCAUAUAAUCUCUUGAAGCCCUUAAUUUGUGUGAAUCUUCACCAUAUUUUUAAAAAUUGCUUUUGAAAGUUAUUGCAUUAUGGCUGUUAUGUAGCACAAUUUCCUGUGCGUGAACUUUCCUCGACCUCACAGGACACUCCUAGUAGACACUAACGUCUGUUGUGGGCGUGGCUAAAUCUCUUUGAAGUAUCUUGUUUACAAUCGGCUUCCAAUUACGCAUUGGGUAUAAUGUCUCCGGGUACCUUCUGGAAUGUACUCCUUAACCCGAGAUAUGUAAACAACACGUCAUAAGCCCUUCCGGAAGCGUCUUACUCUACAUGUAUAUAAAGGAUUGAUAGAUACGAAGGGAGGGAGAUUUUCAGAUAAAUUUUCUUAACAUUACGAGGCGUGUUUUAUUCUUUGUGUAUUUGUGUGCUCAUAUGUGUUUAUUUCGCAUUAUUUAUUGGCACAUUAUUCUAACUGUGUUAACUGUGUACCGGUACAAGAUCUACCAUACUGUAAGUUGAAGAUUGUAAUUAUAUUUUCUUUUCUUUUGUAAUUAUCUUAAGACAUAAUAAAUCUUAAUUAAUUGUAACUAGAAACUGUUUUGAGUCGUAUCUUUAAUGUUGUUGAUUCUAUGGUAUCGUCCUUUGUUAGGCACUGCUUACAACGAGCCAAUUAAAAUUAAAAUAGGAGAUUAAUUUCUCCCAAUACAAGUCAGUGCGUAACAAUGGCAGUUCACCUUUGUGACAUGGGGAAAUCACAGUUUUGUAAAAGCCAUAUCUCGUCUGUUCACAGUCACAGCAGAAAUAACAUAUCAGUAGGUCUAUGGUACAAACAUGCAGUGUUUGCUUGUUUGUAGAACAUUCAAUGUUUUAAAAUUAUUACGAUUAAUGUAAAAAAUGUGGGUUUUUUUCAUUUUAGCCUGGGUUUUAGUUCACUAAGUUAUCUUGUCACUUUGAUAGGCAAAUUAUAAAUCUAUUUUUCUAUUCCCUUAGAUAAUUAUGAAUACAUUUUGUUUCCUAAAAAAACGAAUUAUGGUCAAUCUCAAAAUUGCUAGUUACAGAUAUUAAUUUUAAUGGAAUACAUUCUGCAACAGGGAGGUAGAAAAAGGUUUUUCAAUAUUAAGUCAUCAUUUAAUUCAAUGUUGUAUUCUGUUUCAGUGCCAAGGUGAAUGCCUCAAAGGGUGUGCCGUUGUGGGUGAAGAUAAUUGCCGUGGCAGUGGUUCUGGUGCUGUUGUUUCUCAUAUAUUCCAACAUGGAGCCUCUGCCAGUCAACAAUAUUCCAAGCAUUGGUGAAAAGGUGGAAGUUUAGCUGACAAUGCUGGCUGGGCUGUUGAUCAAGAUCUUAAUUUCAUGUUUCAGUGUUACCAAGGGGAAAUGUGAAGCAGGGGGGAGGUGUUUACAUUUUUUUGUGUAAUAAAACUUUACUGCCAAUGAUAUUUUUGCAUACAUUAGGGCGGAUAGCUUUCAACACCUUCAAAUUAAGUAUGCUGAUAUAGUACGAAUUAUUAUUUUUUUAUUAUGCUAAUUUUUAUCUGGACUUCUCAAAAUUGGAUCAGUUGCAACAGCUUGGUGCUAACUGAAAGCCUAGUCUCAGAGUUAAGUUAUGGACCAUUAUGAUUUGUCAUGUAGCAUGAAUAUAAUAUCUAUACUGCUUAUUUAUGUUAUAGAUUCACCUCAAUUUUGUAGCUUCUGCCAUUGCUAUAAGAAGCUGGAAUUUUUGUUGUCAAUAAGAUUUUAUUUUUUUUGUGUGAAAUAAAUAUAAACCGUUAACAUCAAGAUUUAGCAAGUCACAUUUAAAAAAUCAACAUCCAAUUUCGUUACAUUGAAUAGGAAGUAUGUUUUAGAUUUUUUCUCUACAGAAAGAGCAUUUGUAUUUAAAUAAAGAAAUAAUCAAUAUGUAUUUAUUUUUUAAGUGACAUAAAUAAUUUUUAGAGAGGCUGCAAUUUAAAAUUAUCCUACAGUAGUAAUGUUUGUACAUUAAAAAAACACACAAAAAAACCUUCCCAUAAAUAAGUCAUCUUCUGUUCAAUCAUCACCACCACAUUUUAUUUUAUUGUAAUUGAAUCUCUUACAUGGGAAAUCUAUUUCUCCAGAUGCAUCUUAUUAUUUCAACUUUCCUUUUUUUUGGAUUAGGCCUUUUGUUUUUUUUCCCCCACUUUGAGUUAACAAAUGAUGCAACAAUUUAUCUUAUCGUUGCAAGCUUCCAGUAUGAGAAAGCUUUUUCAUUGUCGCACAUUUUUAGAUGAUCAUAAAAUUUCUUAGUUCAUGUGAAUUCCGUUGGCUGUAACUUGGGAUAAUGCAAUUUUAUUUUUAAAAAAAAAAAUUUAUGUUUCUCUUAAAUAAAAAAAAAAGCUCUGAAUGACCUUGAUAUUUACAUAUCCUCAAAAAAAAAAAAAAGCUAUUUGCUUUGGCUACAGAAUUCAUCACUAACCUUUCCAGGGAUAAGAACCUAAACACCUCUUUUUUUAAUCACUCCUCAGAUGACCAUGUUUGGAGUUUCAUUAUUAUAUUUCUUUUAAAAAUCAUUCUCUAAAUAAAUUUAAAACUGAGGUCACCUAAACAGUUAACUGCAGCCAUCUUGGGAGAAUAAGUUCAGUGGGUUAUUGUUUCUGGAGUCCUGGGUAUUUGGAUUUGCCGGAGGGAAGAGUUAAAAAAAUUUUUGUGUACUAAAAACUUUGAAGGCAUUUGGGUGGAUAGCUUUUGAGACCUCUCCUUUUUUUUUUAUUUUGUUGUUGCUGCAACAAACACUUCCUUAGUUUGGUUGUUUCUUUGCAAACCUGCACGGAAAUGCACAUAUUCUAUAUCCACUUGAGAUAUGUUGUGCUUUGUACAUGACGCAGCUGUUUAAGCUUUUUCUCAUUUAUAGACAUCUUGUGACAUUGACUAUUCAAUAUUAUAUUAUCACACUUAGAAUUACUCACUAUUGCCGUAAAACGGAGGUUUCAAAAUUGUCACCUGCUCAUGUUAAAUGUCAUGAUAUUUGAUUUUUUGUUUUCUCGAAAUAAAUGUUUCUUGAUGCUCGAAUAUUUUUUUUUUAUUUCUCAACUUAUGGUAAUGUAUAAUCUGUUCUAGGGGACCAGCAGUGUUUGGUCUCAUUGGUUGAAUCCACUAAUACCUUACAAUUACAAGAAAUCACCCACUCUUGGAUGCAUGAUCUGUGAAUUCAGACAGUAAUGUCUCUCUCUUUAAUAUACUUAGUCAACAUCUUGUGAAUACCACAUUGAGUU